AUGCUCUUAGGGCUUCAUGGUCUUCUCAAGUCAAUCCAGAAACCAUGUCACUUGAAGAAGUUCAGCGGACAAACCCUGGGGGUGGACGCAUAUGGGUGGUUACAUCGUGGCACUGUUGCUUGUGCGGUUGACCUAGUCCUGGAUAGGCCGACGACAAAGCAUAUCGACUUCGUCCUGGGCCGAGUUCGUAUGCUUCUCUACUUUGGCGUGAAGCCGUAUCUUGUCUUCGAUGGGGACAACUUGCCUAGCAAAUCCGGCACCGAGAUUGAUCGUCAACAGAGGCGGCAUGAGAGUAAAUCGCUAGGAAUGGAACUCCUCCGCAAAGGACGAACUGCGGAGGCCUAUCAAGAACUCCAGAAGGCUGUGGACGUGACGCCGCUCAUGGCUCGGCAGUUGAUUGAGGAAUUGAAGAAACUGGAUAUUCCAUAUGUGGUCGCGCCAUAUGAGGCCGACGCUCAGCUUGUCUAUCUGGAACAGCAGGGCAUUAUCGACGGCAUUAUAUCGGAAGAUUCUGACCUCCUUGUGUACGGGGCCAAACGCCUGCUGUCCAAACUUGAUCAGCAUGGAGACCUGAUCGAAAUAAACCGCGCCGACUUUUCUGCUUGCCGAGAAGUCAGUUUUGUGGGAUGGACAGAUGCUGACUUCAGACGAAUGUGUAUCUUAAGCGGCUGCGACUAUUUGCCUAAUAUUACUCGAGUCGGUCUGAAGACGGCAUAUCGCAGCAUUCGGAAGUAUAAAAACGUGGAGAAGGCGCUGCGGAUGCUCCAAUUUGACGGUCACCACGUGCCACCGGAUUACCUGCAGAGUUUCAAGCAGGCGGAACUGACCUUCCUUUACCAAAGGGUAUUUUGUCCCAAGGCUGGAAAGCUGGUCACGUUGACUUUGCCGGAUAACAACGUGAACCUGGACGAGAUUCCGUUUAUUGGAGAUGAUAUGGAACCCGAGACAGCGGUGGGGGUUGCAAAUGGUGACCUAGACCCGACAUCGAAGGGGCCGUUACGACUUGUGGUGAAGUCGUUGAAUUCGGGACAGAAUAAACCGGUUCCUUCUCUUAACCGACGGCAAACCAUAGGCUCAUUUUCGGAUUUGAAACCGUCCAAGCCAAUCAAUUCAUUCUUUACCCCGAAACGCGUUCCGCUUGCCGAGUUGGAUCCGAACAGUCUCACUCCAUCUCCGAGUCAGCAACGACUGCUUCAUCAUCAUGCGAACAGUUCUUGGGAGCCCUCUCCUGCCCCGUCUCGCCCGUCUGUUGUUAGGUCUGCCACGCUUAAUGAUUCAUCUAACCGAGUCUCUAGUCCGCUCGUGAGAAGUGCGGAACGAUCUUCGUUCCUAGCUCGCGCCUCAAAGCUAUCGACCUUGCAGCCUAGCAAACGCCAAAGGCUCUGCUCGGAGACAGAAGAAAUCAGUCCUGUUAACACACCAGACUCCCGCAGUCGCUUCUUUGCAGCCGGUUCGAAUGACACUACUCCAAGCGGCGGCCAGAAACUUAAUCGUCCAAAGAAAGCGCGCAAAUCCACGUUGGACGUGUUCUCGGACGAUAUGGCCGAAGAUAUCAUGUCGCAGCUUCCUGACCCGAGUGAGGCAGCGAAAAUAUCAGCUAAGAAGGCCCAGACAGUGACUAAUACUGAUGAAAUCGAUAAUAAAGAGUUGGAACUGACGAAUACGGACGGUCCAACUACUGUCAAGGGCGACGCCGACAGCUCGCAAGCGGAGGUCGAGGAGCCCACAACUCAGACUGCACUUGAAAGCGUGACACCUUCCAAAACGGUCAGCGCCAAUUCGGAGCCUCAUGUAUUUAGUCAGGUGCUUGACUAUCAUAUCAAGCGGCAAAACUCGACAAUACUCUCGAAGUACUCCUUCAAAUCCAAUGCUGGUGGAACCAGGCCAGACCCACAUCUCUCAGGCGCGAACGGUACUGAAGCAAGUGCUGUGCGCAAGGUGGAUUUUCGCGGAACCGGAACACCCAAACAGCCCAAGCGUCUCACCCCCUUGCAACGCUUGGGCCAGAACGCUUUAGCCCGAUCACGAUCCUUGAAUAACAUGCCAGCCUCUCCUUCGAUCUGGAGAUCCCCAAACCGAUUUGAGAACAGGUCCAGCGUGAGCCCUGGUAACCAUGCUCCUGCAGCUAGCCAAGGCAGCGAGGAUCUCAUAGUCCCAGACAGCGAAGAGGAAGACGACGGCGCACCCGACACCGCGGUUGACCGAUCUCAAUUAGCAGCUUUGGAUCUCAAACGGUUUUCUUUUACGACGAGAUAA